AUAAAUAAAUAAAACUUUCUCUAUUUUGUUUGUUGUGUUUUCAAUCGAAAAAUUUGAUAUAUUGAUAUAAUGGUAGACCCAGUUAGAGUUGUUAGUUACGAAGACAUGUUAAAAGUUAUAUAUCAACCAGAGAAAGUAAUAAUCGAUGUACGUAAUCCAGAUGAAAUCGAAUCCACUGGAAAAAUUCCAUCGAGCAUAAAUAUACCUUUAAAUACUGUGCAAGAUGCACUUACUACAAUGUCUGAAGAAGAAUUCAAGAAACAAUAUCAGAGGCCUAAACCAUCUCCGUCAGAUGAGCUAAUUUUUUAUUGCCGUUCUGGCCAGCGUUCUUCAGAAGCGUUAAACAGAGCAAUAAAGUUAGGAUAUUCAAAAUCCAAAACUUAUUUGGGCAGCUGGAAUGACUGGUCAAGCAGACAGAAAUAAAAUUCUUGAAAUAUUU